UGUCAUUUUCCAGACAGAAUUUCUAAACAUAAUUUUCGCGUUGUAAAUUGUUCGGUAAACCAUCCAUGAUUAAAGAUUUUUAAAUAAAUACGAUAUUUGUUAGGGCGUUGAAAAGAUCGAAACUAAAUAUAAUUUCUCAGUUCUUGUUACAUCAACGACAUCGAUGAGAUUAACUGACGAAGUACGUGAUGUUUAGCGACUUUAUUACUAUUAUAUAUGCAGUCUAGACGAGUAUUAUAUUCAGACGAAGCUCGGGCGACUCGGGGACUGACAACAAGAAACCUUGCCUACAAUAAAAUCGAUGAACUUUUACUUUUAUGUUUACAAAUGAAUAAUGAUUGUUUUAAAGUUAAGUUAAACUGCGUUUAAUUGGAAAGUUAUAACUUUAAGAGAAAAAAAUGGCUGAUUUGAUACGAGCGAUGGGGGCUCCGAUUGGACCCCCUAUAAAGGACAAGUUAGGAUCACCCUCUACGGAGUCUGAAGACGGGGGCGGCGAUAUUGCCGAGUUGACUGCUGAUUUAGAGCUUGACGAAGCUGACGGACCUAGCACUAAUGGAGAAAGACAAGCAGUGUUGGCUCCUCCAGAAAGUGAGUGGUACCAUGGCAGACUUGAUAGAUAUACUUCUGAAGAAAGAUUGUGGGCUACAGGAAAACAUGGCAGUUACCUGGUUCGAGAAAGUGAUCGAAAACCUGGAUCAUAUGUGUUAAGCUAUCUUGGACGUACUGGAAUCAAUCAUUUUCGCAUAACAGCCGUAUGCGGUGAUUACUAUAUUGGGGGUCGUCAAUUCGAUUCCCUCACGGAAUUAGUUGGAUUCUACAGCCAUUGUUCGGAUUUACUGAAACGUGAAAGACUCGUUGAGCCCGUUCCACCGCCCGAACCUGUCAAUGAUAAGAAGCGCGUGGUCGCCAUCCUGCCCUACACCAAGAUGCCAGACACGGAUGAGCUCACGUUUCAGAAGGGCGAUAUUUUCUUCGUACACAAUGACAUGGGAGACGGCUGGCUAUGGGUCACUGCACACAGAACGGGAGAGCAAGGAAUGAUCUUCAGGGAGUUGGUUGAAGACCUGGAUCCGUCAAUCGAUCCAAAUACGGUUUUCUCUUGGUUUCACCCUAAUUGUACUAAGAGUGAGGCAGUUGAUAUGCUAGUCAAAGCUGGGCCUGGAAGCUUUUUAGUCAGGCCUUCAGAUAACUCACCUGGCGAUUACUCCUUAUUCUUCCACAUCAAUAAUCAGAUUCAAAGGUUCAGAAUCGAGAAGAAAGGUGUUCGAUACCUGAUGGGUGGGAGGACCUUUGAAUGUUUGGAUGCUGUGAUUAAUAGAUACAGGAAAGAACAAAUUGUUGAAGGACAUACGCUUGGGCAGCCACUUAUAGCCGAGGGCCACCAAAUAGAACCGCAACAGAACACGACAGGCGCUGCAGCGGAGAAGAUAUACGCCACGCUUCGUGAAUGUCGGGACCAGAUUGGUUUGAAGAAGAUGAAGGGGAUCAAGCAUCAGGGAUACCUUCACAAGAAGUCGGAUAAGGCGGCUAAGAAAUGGAAAGCUCUAUAUUUCGUCCUCCUCCAAGAGGGGACGGAUACUCAUCUGUACUUCUACGAUUCUCCUAAACGUACGAAGCCUAAGGGGUUGAUUGAUCUGUCGUGCGCCUAUUUGUAUCAGGUCCAUGAGUCCCUAUGGGAGCGUGAAUUUUGCUUCCAAUUAGUGGAAAGGGCGCUGCCAUGUCUCUCGACGCACACUUUCCUCGCUGCGUCCACAGCAACUGAACUCCGAGGAUGGCUGGACGCUUUGCGUCCAUUGUGUGUUCCGCAGCAGGCCAGGCAUCAGUCUAAAGUAUCUCGUGUGGUAUGGCUCCGGGCAUUGCGCGUACGUUGUGUGACCGCUCACCGUCUGCCGGCCCGUUUGGCGCCGCGUCCGUACUUACGCUUGGCGUUGGGCGCGGCCCCCGUCGCACGUACGCGACCGCGCCCAUCGCCCGACCCGCAUUGGGACGACGAGUUUGUCUUUGAUGAUGUGCCUCCAGACGUUACCGCGUUCACUAUUACGGUACAUAAUACGGGCAAGAGAGGAAAGGAAUCUGAGGUGGCAGAGUUGACGAUCGAAUUGGCGAAUCUCGCGAAUGGCGAAGAAGUUGAAGAGUGGUAUCCGCUAGCGGGAAUGACUCCUAUAGGUGAAUGGGGUUCGCUAAGACUGCGUAUAAGAUACAUGCAAGAACUAGUGAUGCCUCGUGAAGAAUACAACCCACUGCGGCAACUGCUUCUAGAACCGGGUUUGCCUGCUGUUAAGGCGCUCGCUGAUUUAUGCAGGACGGACAGACAACCAUUGGCCACAUCGGUCCUUCACGCCUUUUCCGAGUGCGGUCGCGGUGCGGAACUGGCCCAUGAAUUAGCGGCGGCGGAAGUAGUGCGUGAAGCAGAUCACAGAGCGUUGUUCAGGGGCGCCUCUCUCGCCACCGCAGUACUGGAUGAGUUUAUGCAUGCUCUGUGUAAACCUUUCUUGCAGGCGGCGAUAUCCGAAACAGUGCAGAAGUUAAUAGACGCGAAGCAAUCGGCAGAAUUGAAUCCAACUAAAAUGGACUCGCCUGAUGAUGCUUGUAACAACGCCGAGUUUCUGCUCAUGAUACUUGACCAGAUAACAUUAUCGAUAUUUACGUCUCCCGAGGCGUGCCCUCGGCCGAUCCGUUAUUUGUGCGGGUGCUUGCAGCGCGCGGCCGUCGCGAAAUGGCCCAACGAGAGAUUUGUCCGGACACGGGUUGUUUCUGGUUUCAUAUUCCUUCGCCUUAUAUGCCCAGCCCUAGUGGAGCCCCGAGCGUGGGGCCUACUGAGUGCCGCCCCACCACCCCACGCCCAGAGGUCACUGCUCAUGGUCGCUAAAUGUCUGCAGAAUCUCGCUAAUCUCGUGGAGUUUGGGGCAAAGGAGCCAUAUAUGGAAGUUGUAAAUCCAUUCAUUUUGAAGAAUAAGGAACGAAUGGUCGUGUUUUUGGAUCAACUUAGCUCAGUACAAGACCCGGGAAACGUACAGACAAAUUCUAACAAUAACUUCGAUAUAGCCAAAGAGCUGGCUACAAUACAUCACAUCUGUGUGUCUCACCUAAGUGAGCUGCAGACUUUGUCGAAAAGUCAACCCGCUAUACGAAAACUGGUCACUGUAACGGAAAUGCUGACGAAACACAAGCAUAAGUAUCUGGAGAUGAUCAGAUAGGAUACGCCUUUACGUCACACAGGGUAAAAGCAAGAAAGCGUAGAGGUAGUCGCCUUCGGGUCUUAGUCGUACGCGUGUAGUCAUUUUAGCUUUAGCGUUUAUUUAACUUUCACAUUUGGGCGUUACAAUAUCAGAGAAUAUAAACAGUAUGGAAAUUCGAUUCUAGUUGACAUCGAUUAUUAAAUAAAUAUUAACUCAAUUAUCGUGUCAGGAGAAGUAUGAAGAGAUCAACGUAACGUGACGUCAGUCAAAUUAAUUUAAUUUAAUUAAUAAAGUAAUUUAGCAUAGAUAACGCUUCAUAGAAGUAUUUUUUUUAAUUGGCCUGAGAUAAUGAACUAUUUAUAAAGAUAUGUUCCCAUUUUAAUUAGGGAUGCAUCGAUACGCCAUUUGUCGAUACGAUACCGAUACUCUUACAGAUAUCGAUACCAACGCUUAUUGAAUUAAGAUAAAAUAUAUCAAGUUUGGUUUAAAGUUUUUAAUUUUUAUUAUAAAAUAUAGACACUCACAAUCUUUGAAUAGGAUUAAAGGUUUAGUUAUUUAAAUUCAGAAAUAAUUAAAAUUAACAUUGCUAAGAUUAUUUUAACUCUGUAUUUCAUUCAAUUUGAUAACGAAAAAUACUACGCGCCAUAGCAGUUUAAAUCCAACUAGUGUCUAGCGAAAUGGGAUACGCGGGGAUAAAGCGUCCGAGUCUCGAUUGCAAGGCGCUAGAUUAAACUAGAUGCACGUCUAAAUUAAUUUUUUAAAGCGCGGAUACCGAUUAAUGGGCAUCAUUAAAAUAUCGAUAUAUCGGUAUCGGAUGCAUCCCUAAUUCUGUUUUUUUUUU